ACCGUAACCUGUUCUUUCCCCCACACCUCUUCUUUUAACUUUAGCCCUUAUCAAUCCUAUCCUUGAACACCGUUUACAGUAUAUUUAUACGCUCGAGACGUUUCUGUGCCAUUGCGAAGAAAAGAGGAACUAGAAAAACAGAAACCACUGCCGUAAGCGCCCUGCGAUGACAGCGAAUCCGAGAUAAUACGGUAGUGCAACUGCAGACAAUAGAAACGCUUAGUACCGUACUUUACAGACCUGAGAAUGCUAGGUGUUACUGUUCGUUGCUACUCGCCGAAAUCAAAAGUCUGUCCCCGACCAUUGCCUAGGCACAAAUGACCGAAUCACACCUUGCUCGCAAAAAUCGAAGCUCACCCUCCACAACCUCUCAACAUCACCAGCAACCCUGUUCACUAGGGAUAUUUGAUUUAUGAGUGAUAGCCAUCAACACAAUUCCCCUGUCAUCGCGGCCGCUAGAUGGGAGUAAUCGCCGGCUAUACCUCGUGGACAGACUUUUGAUUUUGGCGAGCAGCGUUCCAAAUACAGCCACCGAAGUCCUCCGGCUACCCUGUUCCUGUCUCCACCCAUAUGCAGGGCUCGUGCCCUCGCUGUGGUUGGUUCUUCAGGCCGCCAGUUCUGGUAUCGGUACCGGUACGGUACUCUUCAACCACGGCAACCAUCGUAGAGGCGGUGUUUGGGAGUGGUGAUCCUGAGGGUGCGAGUGAUCUGCCCGAAGGUCCCCCCCUCACCGUUUCCCAACGGCUGAGUAUUCUCAAGAGGGUAAGGCCAGCGAUCCGAGACUUACUAUGCAUGCAGGCGGCUGAUUGCCGGAUUGGUCAGACUAUUGAGUCCGGCCAGCGUGGGCUGACAGGAUGGUUCAAACGGGCCGGUACACUACUUUUUGCAAGCUGUACGAGUACUCGAUAUACAGUAAGUUCGAGCUGACCACUUAGUUAGCAGCUAUGCUGACACACACUACCACUAGUAUGGAGCAAAGUUUUGGGUAGAUAAUACUACUACAACGAAACUUGAAGCAAAACCCUGACACCUUGCUGGGCACCGCAAGAAAUUGUCUUUCACACAAAUCGCGUUUUCACAGCCUAAUACAGGCAUGGUACAAGUAUGCCCCCCAGGACCCCCCGCACAAAUACGCCUGGACCUGGUCUAUCUGUUUGGACUUUUCACGAUCGUGAUUCCCCGCUCGGGGGCUGAAGUGCAGUACUAACCAUUCCUCUUGGCCGCUAGUGAAACCUUGCGUUCUGCUAGUAUGGCGCUCGAGCACCGAGAAACAUUGAUGGUGCGGGAUUCUACAGGGAGAGCCCGGGAUCGGCUCAUAUAAGGCACCACGCCCAAGCAAAAUGAUUCUUCCGACAUGGGCUUUUACUCCAAAUUUAGCGAGGAAUCAACAUUGUCGGAGAGACGGCCCCUGGACCUGCCCUGCCGAAGAAAGAAAAAAAAAAUGGAAUUCUGACACCAUCCAGAAAAUUACCAGUGCUUCAGACUCGCCCUCAUAUUUGUAGCAGCAUAAAUGAAAAGGUUGAGAUUGGUUCACAACUUACAAUCAUAUCCCCCAGUGUCAUGGAUCCGAUAACAUAGCAGGAGAUUUCGGUACUCGAAUAGAUCAUAGGCAUUGAUGCCCGAGGGGACAAAAAUGGACUCUUAUUGGUGAAAAGGCCAUUGACCGAAGCGUUUCGGUCUCUCGGCACGGGCACGGUACUGGUGAUUGUAUCAUACUCAUACUCGGGGGUGCGUGAAAGUGAUUGGCACUAUAUAGCUCUAUGUGGAAAAAAGUCCUGAGGUAGAGUGACAGAAGGAAUCAUAUCUACAACAAAGAAACCAC